GUUAGACUAGCCAAUUGGCGGCAAAUUUAUUUUGGAGGGACAUGUCAAAUAAUUAGCCCGACUAAAUCCAAUCUCACAGAAUAUUUAUCAAAGAAAAUAUUUAAAGCAAGUUAAUAACAGAUUUGUAGUUUCUAUGGUAAUGGAUACUAGACAAGCCAGAAAAAGAAGAUGGACACCGUCACCAGAAAAAAGGACAGCAAGGACAAGUUUGGACUUUACAGAGAACACACCACCACCAAUAAAGAGGGUAAGAGAAUCAUCUACAGAAAGUGAUGAUGAUUCAAAGUUUACGGUCAAAUCAUUUUAUGGUGGUCGAGAAAAGAAAAGCUUCCCACAUUCCCCAGGAAGACGCAAGGCAGCAACAAAGGUUUUGAGCAAGUUAGAAGGAGAAGAGGAAGAAGAAUUUCUAACACUUAGAAAGAAUGUGCCAGGGAAGAUCUUAAAAACCAGCAGUAAAGUGAAGAAAGAUGUCUUCAAAUUGUCUAGUACAAGCUCAGAUUCAGAACCUGUCCAAGUCUUGAAAGAUAGAACAAGAAAUAACAGGUUCAAUAAAAUUUCACCAAAAUCAAGUGGAAAGAAAUCUGUACCCAGAAAGAAGAAGUCAUCACCAAAAUCUGCCAAAAAAGUGACAGCUGCCAACAAGAAAGAGUCAAAAACUCCUGUAACACCUGUUCCCGCUGUUGUUCAGAAUAUUAUUAAUGAGCAGAUCCCAGGUCGGAAGUUUUUCAAAUCUAAAAGUCCUGCAUCAGCAUCAAAAGCCAUGGGUAGUGUCAUCAUAAGUAAAGGAUUUAACUUGAAAUUUCUUCCCAAGAGGAGAAGUUUAUCCAGUCUUCCUAAACUGAGUCCUUCAAAUAUUAUUAUGAACAAAAGUAAAGUUACAGAAGUGUUUGAUGACUCACCUCAAAGAAGUACCAACCAAGUCAAUGAGUCUAUCAAGGAUUCUUUAAAAGAGGUUGACAGUAGUUUAGAUUCUGGAUUUGAUGGAAAACUGUCUGAGCCUCCUAGUCAGUGCACCCCAAAAAAGAUAAUGCAAAUAAAAACACAAAGUCCAGCUAGAAGUCCAAGAAAUAAAUCUGUAUUUAAUAAAUCACCUGGAAAAAUUGUAAACAAAAGUUUAAGUCAGACACAACAAGACAGUGACAUUGCUUCAUUAGAUGGGUCAGCUGAUUUGUUCACAGACAGUACUAAAACCGAUGAUAUUUCUGAAACAGGAAGUGAGAUUUCUGGACCCUCUGUCAGAAAAAGCAAUAACUUUUUCUCCAUAUUCAAUGGUACACCAAAUACUUCACCAGUAGUCCAAGCUGGGCCAAAUAAAUCACUGAGAAAAAUGUCACCUAGACAAUCCCCCAGAAUUAGAACCAGAAUGGAUAAAGAAAGUAGAGAACAAAUGGUUGUGGAUGCUGGCCAAAAGAAGUUUGGAGCAGUCCAGUGUGAAGUAUGUGGAAUGGUAUACAGACAUGCUGAUCCAGGAGAUGAAUCCACUCAUGAUAAGUUUCAUCAAGAUCUCCUUAGUGUCCUAAAAUUCCCUGGUUGGAAGAAAGAGAGAGUUGUACAAGAAUUUUCAGAAGAUUGUAGCAGGAUUAUAAUGGUUGUACAUGAUGAUCCAAAGUAUGCUGUUAAAAAAAUUGAAGAUAUCAACAAUAUAAUGGGGAAAGAAAUGGGAUUUCCUGAAGCUUCUCUAGCCUCCAAGUCAAAAUAUAAGGCCUUCUUAUUUAUAUCAGAAGAUAAGAAAGUGGAUGGGUGUUGUAUUGCUGAACCAGUGACGCAGGGUUACAGAGUGAUUCCAGAGAGUCAACCUUCCCAAUCAGAUAAUCCUCAGCCUGGACACAGACCAUGGUAUUGUAACUCUGAUCCAGAACCAGCUGCUGUGGGAAUCAGCAGGAUCUGGGUGUUUGGACAACAAAGACGAACAGGAGUAGCUUCCAAAUUGUUAGAUGCUGUUAGACAAUGGUUUCAGUAUGGGUCAUACAUUGAGAAGAGUCAAGUGGCAUUCUCUGAUCCAACAGGUGAUGGGAAAAUGUUUGCCAGUAAAUAUACAGGGAUGACAGAUUUCUUGGUUUAUAAGUAUGGGUAAUCUGGGACAGAUUAUCAGAGACAAUUGGACUUUGAUUAUACAGAAAGGGUAGUCACUUUUAUAGAGGGAACAUUUGAAUGAAAUAACAACCAAGACUAUCUAUGUAUUAUUUCUAGUCUAUAACUUUGUAUCUACAGUAGUUUGACUGUAAUCUCCAUAAAUUGUUAAGCAUGAUAUAAGUUUUAACAUUCUUGAUCAAAUCAAUGUAUGUAUGUUAUAUUGAUUUGUUCAAGUUUAAGUGUUGCAUUAUGCAGACCAGUACCAUAAUAGCUAUUUCAUCUUCUGAACUUCAUGCAACUAUUUUUUUUCCCUGUAAAAUUGAUUUUACAAUUGGAGGAUAUGAAGAUAUGUAUCUUGCAUUCAUUUAACAACUUUAAAAAAAUCAUGUAUGUUAAUACCAGUACAUACAUAUUGUCAAAGAACAAGAAAUAACAUCUUUUUCUAAUAAAUGAUCGAGUCAGUUAAUAAAAAAUAUACAUGGUACCUAGGGAAAGCAUUUCAAAAUCUCAAAUAUGGGUUUGGUGUUAAACUUAUUAGAAGUUCUGAAAUUUCCCCUAAAAAUUGUUACUUAUUUUCAGAUACCAUACUUGGGUACCCUAUAUGGUUUUAUAGAACAGCCCUGAUAAAAAAAAAAUAUGCCUUGUUAAAAAUAUUGUGAACAACUUUAUUAUUUUUCUCUAAAAUACGAUUGUGGUCUUAUAUAUUCAAUAUUUUAUAAAAUAUGUAUUCAACUACCAGUAAACUGAAAGCAAAAGUAUAGUUUGUUGAAGUUCAUCUUUAUAUAACUUAUGUAAAAUAAACACUUGAUAGCUGUUGACUUGAUAAAGGGAGAUAAUUAAUUAAUUCUUCUAUUUUACAAAAAAAACAACCACCAAUUUGAAUCAGCUGUCAAACAUAGCUUCAUACUACUGAUAUAAUUGUUACAGUGGUAAUUUAUGCAAUCUCACCUUUUUUAUUAUUUAUAAAGAGAGAUGAGGGGUAUAUGUUAAUAAGGUGACAACCCAACAACAAGAAUACAUCAAGAGGUCAACUAAGGUGUUCACCACAAUAGACUGUAUGUUAUGAUUGCUACUGUCAAUUUAUGUUCAAUCAGCAAAUAAUAACUACCUUUUGUAUAUGUGUAACAACAUUUUUUAAAUGGCACAUAACAUUGCAGGGAGAUAACUCUGUAAAAAUUCCGCUGAACAUUUUAAUCACUUUCUAUUAUUAAGGAAAGACAGCUUCUCUUUGAUCAAAAUUAGUGUUUGUCAAACUUCUGUUUAUCCAAAGAGCAAAGUCCAAAGUUUUUUGAAAUUUUAUUUUUUUGUCAAAAAGGUCAGAAAUUAAUAUUUUGUUAAAAUUUUAUGAAAAUUAUGUGAGCCAAACUGAUUUUAGUCAAAGUGUUUGGUACAACCUUAAUCAUUUUUUUUUCAUUGAUAAAGAUGUACUCUGCCAUUCUAAUGCUCCUAGAGUGCAAAACUUGUUAGUUGACAACAUUUAUUUGACUUCCCUGGAUGGAGGUCAUUUAUGGAACUAAUGUAUAUAUAAAAAAUGACUGGCACUGAAAAUAUUUUGUGUGUUUGGUACAACAGUGCUUGUAAUAGUAAUAGUUUUAUAUUAUUUUUCAUAAUAAUGUUUUUUGUAAAGUGCAUGGAGUUUUAGUAAAUUGUUUCAGAAAUCAUUUUGCAUGAACUCUGAAACUAACUGUUCAUUGAACUUUAUUAUGUCACAAUAUUGAAAUAUAUGGAGUAAUUUUAAUGUAUUUUAUUGCCUGACAACUUUAUGUGUGUAGAAUCAUGUAGCUGUUUGUUUUUUAAAGUUCAAACCCUUAUUCUGUCCAUUUAGACCUUAUUUCUUUCCAUUUGUUGACAAACUCUGCUUUGAGGAUCAAGAUUUUAGUGCUGUUAAUUCUUUAAUUUUACGGCAAUUUCACCUUCAGUAAAACAGUUCCCACUCUUUUGCUGGUCUGAAAAAAUAAGUGGUAGAUAUCACAAAAAUAACUGAAAUAACUGAUGAUAAAAUGUUUUAUAAAAAAUUAAGUACCCUUGAUAUAUUCUAUAAAAGUAAAGAUAAUGAAAUAUUCUUGAUAAUACAAAGCCUAGAGAUAUUUUGAUAUAUUUUUAAUAUUCUAUAAUCUCUUAAAUCAUAAAGGAAAAAUAAUUUAAGACAAAUACUGGGAAUUUUCAUUUUAAUCCGUUAUUGAGUCAGAUGAGAGCCUCCAGCUGAAGCUACACGAAAGGAAUCAUUACCUACAUGUAUCACUACAUGUAUCACUCCUGUUGUUUUAAGUAUUUUAAAAAUGUCAAACUUUGUAAUGCACACCUCUUUGAAAUCAGUUGCACAGAAUUGAACCAAACUUGCACAUAUUUAUCGACAGGAUAUAAAGUUGUUGCCACGACAGGAUAUAAAGUUGUCAUUCUGCUAUUUUUGUUGCAGUACCUGAUAUUUGUCUUGUACUUGUCUGUUUUGUUACUAUUUGUUGUAAGGAAAAUGUUGAUUGUAUAACCUAUAUGUUUGUUAUCUUUUUGUAGGAAUUUGUUGAUGGUUUGAUAAAAAUAAAAGAUAUCCAUUCAA